AUGGAGCAGGGGCCCUCGCGCCUUGAGGCGCAUUCAAUGACCAACGAGUCGCCGUCGAACCAAGCGCACGAGCAGUCCUCCCUGGAGCCGCAGCUGGAAAAGGUGACGGCACCAUCUUGUGAGUCGUCGUCCGAAGAUGCGGCCUACCCGAAGGGGAACGAAGAGGAAGAACACGACGAAACGAGGCUUCGUGAUCCGUGCAAACUGACCGAUGUGUCUACCAACCAUCAUGCCAAGGAUCACGAUUCGGAGGAAGAAGAAGCUGCGGCGGCUUCUCUGGUGAACAAAGACUCCGGGGAGGACGCACAAGACGAGGCUGCAGAAGACGGGUCGCAGGUUAGGGAGGUCUCUGCCGAAGUUAACAAGACGACGCGUCAUCACGACCUCCACAAGGCCAAGAAGAAGCAUUCGAAUCACGCGAAGGAGGCUGCUAAGGCGGCAGAGCCGGUGGAAAAGCCGGCAGUGCCGCGGAAGAAGAAACCCACGUACAAGGUUAACAUCGGCAACGUGGAGCGUCACCCUCCUGUCCCGGAGGGUGUGAACACGCCGCGCAGCGUGGCGCUGUGUAAGGAGCACAGCGUGAACCCUAGCGAGCUGGUCCGGUACGACAAGCAGCACUUCAAAGGUCCGGGCGUGUCGGACGAGAUGGCCGAGCUGCGCUACCAAAGUUACGAGAAGCGCCGCCGCGCCCGUAUGGCGCAGCUGAAACCAGCCUACAAGGAAAUCGUCAAGGCUGACUUGGAGGCUCCCGUGUCUGUCUCCGCGCCCAAGCGUAAGGCGCAAGCAGCGGAAGAGACUCCUGCGCGACCCGCCGCAGCGAGGCAGGCGGCCGCCCCACCGCCGAAGCCGUUGGAUGAAGAAGCUGAGAUGCAGCGCCAGUUCGAGGCUCAGCACCAGCGUCUGGUCGAGCAGGAGCGCCGAAAGACGGUGGCGACGGGAUACGAUAGCGAUGGCCAUCGCAUCAGCCCCCCGCGCGGAGGCUAUUGCUACGGCGCGUCAGUGCGCUCUGUCGGGUCGGCCAAGUCGCCCGGGCGCCACUCGAUGAACACAUCCGCCGGCACCAGGCCCACCGUCGACCAGCCGUAUAGUGCCGCGAAAAUCUAUAGCGCGAGCAUUGUGGAGAGUCGCCCGCUGACGCAGAGCGAGGUGAUCAUGAUCGAUGAGAUCAACGAGCGCGAGGCUCGCCGCAUUGACACGCAGGAGCGCGCCUUCGUCAUCCAGGAGAACAAGCAGCUCAUGCACGUCGAGCGCGAGCUGAUGCGUGAACGUCUUGCAUGUAUGCGCGUGCAGAAGAAUGCGGAGGACCGGGAGAAGAUGCAGCUGCAGAUGCACAAGCGCAACGAGACGCGCCAGAACGUGGCGGGGGAACGCCGCGAGAGACUGGAGGCAGAGCGCCAGGCGCGACUCGAGAACAGCAUCGCUGAGAAGGCGGCUCGUUCCCAUGUAACGAACCCGUACGCCACGCUUAUGUUGCGUCAGAUGAGCGGCUUCUCCACGCGCCGCACUUCUAGCAGCCUCCCGUCCCAGGGGGAGGGCGUGAGCGCUUCACAGGCGCAGUCUUCAGAGGCAGAGUAG